AAGUAUAUAUGUGUAUACACGCACACAUAAAGGACAGAGUGAAAAAGAAGGGUUGGGUGUACAUUAGGAAUAAUUCUCGAGUGCGUGAGAUUUAAUCGCGAAAAUGGAUUUUAACGUGAAGAAAUUGGUAAAGGAUGCAGGAGCUGCUCUCAGCAGAGUUGUACAGUUAACAGAGGAAACACUGGGUACUUCGGAAAAGACAGAAUUGGAUGCACAUUUGGAACAUCUAGCCGAGAGAGCAAAUGCCACCAAGACAUGGACAGAAAAGAUACUACGAAACAUGGAAGCUGUGCUUACUCCAAAUCCUGGCAACAGGAUCGAAGAUUUUUUUUUUGAAAAAAUUGAUAAGAAAAGACCUAAUCGGCUGAGCAAUUUGGAAUAUGUAGGCGCUGAUAUGAUAGAAGCUGGGAAUGAUUUUGGUCCAGGAAUAGCUUAUGGUAGCGCAUUAAUCAAAGUUGGUCAGUGUCAGCAGAAAUUGGGACAGAUUGAAAGAGAUUUUAUAGGAACUGCUGCCAAUUGUUACAUACAACCUCUGAGAAAAUUCUUAGAUGGAGAGAUGAAGACUGUUAGCAAAGAGAUGGCAAUAUUAGAAACUAAGAGGCUGGAUCUGGAUGCAUGUAAAAGUCGCGUAAGGAAAGCAAGGAGUAUGCUUGGUCAACAGAGUGAGUCUGGUGUAUCACCCGAAGUGUUGCUUGAUCAGGCAGAGAGGGAGCUGAGGGUAGCGCAGUCGGAGUUUGAUCGGCAAGCAGAGAUCGUGAAACUGUUAUUGGAGGGUGUCUCGAGUUCGCAAGCUGGACAUCUGCGAUGUUUGCACGAGUUCGUGGAGGCACAAGCCCGUCAUUACGCCCAAUGUCACGCCGUCAUGCAGGAUCUGCAACGCGAGCUUGCCGGGGCGCGUCAACCAAGCCCUUUGCUGAGAGUCAACAGUGAGGAAGUGAUCGAGCUAACUCCCUCGCCCACUCUCCCUGUAAAUUCAUCUGUCUGCCCUCAAAAUUCAUCUAUAACCACCGGAUCUACCGCUUAUGUUACCGCCACGUUCGACACUGAUAAUACUAAAGUUUAACUUAUCCCAUCGAGGAAUCGUUCACGGAUUGUUAUGAAUUUUGAAUCUAUAUAUAUUUAAUUAGCAGAUCUAUUACAUUAGUUGUUAUACAAUUUUCCCUUCUUCUAGUAGCGAUGUUUAUCGAAAUUAAUCUACAUAUGCGCGCUGUUAAAUUUAAACACGAGCUUAAUUCGCUUAAUCGUUGCAAACUUGUUAUCGAAUAGACACUAUAAUUUUGUAUAAUUGUAUAUGCAAUAAUUGUACAUAUAUUAGAAAAUAUUUCUCUUGUUAAAUUUCCUUAUCAAUGAUGUAUGGAGAUCUACGAUCUUAUCUCUUCUUCCAUCUGUAAUAUCAUUCUUCGAAAGCAAUUACUUUUUACAUUUCGCUGUAACUCGAUCGAGAAUGGUCAUAAUGGUAUCAAGGAAAAACUAAUCCUCGGUGCUAUAACAAUGCCAUGUAACUAAACAGUGACAAUUGUAGAUAGAUAUAUAUAUCACGCUUUUUUUGUUGGUACAAGAUAUAACAAUGUUCGUUCUGACUGUUAUAUUAAAAGAGAGAGAUUAAAUUUUUAUUUAUUUCAUAUUUGACAUUGAAAAUAUAUCAUAACAGUAAUGCAUGUAAUCCUGGUAGAAUUACGUGAAAAUACACAUGCUCGCAAGAACAGAUUAAUUUGUUGAGUAAGAAACAUAAUACAAAAUUCAAUCUCCUUAAACUGCAUGUAUAUUGAUUUAAUCCAGCACAAUCAAACACUUAUAAUUAUUUUGUUUGCUGUUAAAUAACAAUUAUGUAGAACUUGAUGAUGUGAGUGUGCCUUUCUCUAAAAACAUCAAUUUGUGUUUGGUUGUAAAAUAUAAACAUAUUUAAUGUGUACUCAGUUAUAGAUAUAACGUACCUCUCAUAGUUCGAUGUAAGCCAUCUUUUGUAAAUAUGUGUCAUAAAAAAAUACAUAUCACUCGCUUUGAUCAAAAUGAAGUAAAAGCUCGAUUAAAGUGAUAUGUUUGCGAUAUAUGGUAGUGUAUGAUUCCCAUCAAAAAUCUUAUAUUCGAAUUCCCCCAUACAUGAGUUUAUUAAAGAUAAAUGCACACCAUAUUCAUUUAUCAUUUAUCC